CCACUUCUUGCUCUUCGUUUUUCUCUGUUGCCAAGCAGGCUUCACCAUGCUGGUUUCACGCAUUUUGUUUAGGCUGGGGAGGCUUCAUUAUUUGUUAUAUUUACUGUUUCUUGUGCUGAUUUCUGCCUUAUUUAUCUGCACAAAAUAUAUUUCACAACACCAUCUCAUGACAAUGAGACUGUGCAAAUGUAGCAAGUGUGUCUCUGAAUUAGGUCUGUCGGAAUGGUUUGACGAGCGUUACGUUUCGAACAUGAACCCCAUCCUGAUGAAAAGCAACUACACAAUUCCUGAGAAGUCUUACAAUUGGUGGAAGAGGCUUCAAGGUAGCAAAAAUGCACCCUAUUUCAACAUCGUAAUGGAACAAGUAUUUAAGUUGUUUCCCGGAGACAACCUGCUCUCAGGCCAUGGACCAAACCGAUGCAGGACAUGUGCCGUGGUUGGGAAUUCUGGAAAUCUGAUAGGAUCCAAUUAUGGACCAAUAAUUGACUCCCAUAAUUUUGUGAUGAGGAUGAACCAUGCAAAGACUGUUGGCUAUGAGAGGGAUGUGGGUACUAAAACCACACAUCACUUCAUGUACCCACAAAGUGCUCAAAACCUGGCGCACAAUGUUUCUUUGGUUCUGAUACCAUUUAAAAUAUUGGACCUACAGUGGCUAAUAAGUGCCAUUACAACAGGCAAUAUCACUCGUGCUCAUAGUCGAGUGGUAAGUAAGAUCAAGGCAAAUAAAGAUAAGGUGUUGGUUUUGAGCCCACAUUUUUUUAAGUAUGUUCAAGACAACUGGAACGAACAUCAUGGGAAACAGCCAUCGACUGGAAUGCUGGUCACAAUUUUUGCCCUUCAUGUCUGCGAUGAGGUGGAUGUUUAUGGAUUUGGUGCCAACAAUUUGGGGCACUGGCAUCAUUACUGGGAGAAGAAUGCUGGUGCAGGGGCUUUCCGUGUGACAGGAGUUCAUGAUGGAGACUUCGAAGCCAAUGUUACCAAGACACUUGCCAAAGAUAACAAAAUUUAUUUUUUUAAAGAUGUUAAGCCUGCAAGACUGUGA